AUGACCACUCCUACGCUCAUCAACCUCCCUCCCCCUCCAUCGGACCCCGUCACCCCGUCUGAUAUGGGCCCGAGCACUCCAAACUCAGGAACAACCUCUCUCUCUGCGCUCUCUACCGUAGCCAUCAAGGACGGCCACCAGGGAGCCCGUCGACCCCACAGCCAUAGACCACAUCGAUCUUCCUCCAACGCAUCUGAAACUUCUACUACAACCCUUGAUGCUGAGCGCGCAGACCGUAUCUCACGCCUCGCUGGCCUGGAGCGUCUCUCUGCUCGCACGGCUCCAGGAAGCGGGAAUCCGCUUCUCCCACAUCACUCCAGCGGCCUCUCGCAAGGAGAGUACUUUGACACGCAACCGCAUAUGCUCAAGGAGCGCAGCACAGUCGGCAGUGCCAGUGCGACGGAAAGCAUGAGUCGUGGCAGUCUGGGCGGGCGCACUCGCACUACCUGGGCAAGUGGGAGUGACGAUGUCUACGGCCAGGACGAGACUAUAGACGAAGAAGAUGUCGAUCCUGACGAUGCAGAUGCCCGCUCCACAGACGCCUUCAGUGAUGAAGGAAACGCAAGCCUUGUUGGGUUCGGUGAGGGAGCAAACAGUACCAUCUCGGGGCCGAUAUCGACGCCCGUACAACGCCGCCUUGCUGCAGCAGGACUAAGCAGGCAGUCCUCUUCCAUGACGGGCGUCAGUACCACUGCAGUAGCGGGUUCAAGUCCUACCUCAAGCCGUUUCUCCCACCCAAUCACACACCACAGCCAGUCUCAGCAGCAACCCCAGUCGCCCACUGCUGCGCCGGGCUCACGAUCUGCGGUUGUCGAUGCACAAAUGCUGGACGGCAUGACCUACGAUGAAGACAUUGUCGAUACCACAGCCCGGUCGCCGCUACCCGUCAACAAGAACGAAGAGGAUGGUCAAUGA